AUGUCGACACCUUCGCCGCAAGAUCCCAUCUCUCGAGUUGACCCCAACAAGCUUGACGCUGUUCGUAGAAAGUAUGCAGAAGAAGCCGAGAAGAGACUUAGGCCAGAAGGCUCCGCACAGUUUCAACCCCUCAACGAAGCAUCAGAGGAUCGACUUCACUCACUUCUCGAAGAUCCAUGGGCAGAUCACGCAGUAUUGAAUACUAAGCCAUCGCCAUUUCGCAACACCAGGCACACUCGUUUCUUUAUCUUGGGAGCUGGAUUUGGAGGGCUUCUAUACGCGGUAAACCUCAUCAAAUCCGGCGUCGCAACCGCAGACGAGAUCUCAAUCGUCGAUGCCGCUGGCGGCUUUGGCGGGACUUGGUACUGGCACCGGUAUCCUGGGCUGCACUGCGACCUCGAGAGUUACUGCUACCUGCCUCUGCUUGAGGAGACUGGAUACAUUCCAACCAAAAAAUACGCCCCUGCCUCAGAAAUCAGACAGUAUGCGGAGCUCAUUGCGUUGCGAUGGAAGCUUGACGACAAGGCUCUGUUUCGCUCUGAUGUGCAGAGCUUGCAGUGGGAUGAUGACAGGGAGCUCUGGAAUAUUAGUCUCUCUGAGAGACGUGGUCCGGGAGAACCUGCAAUUCAACAAAAAGUCAAGGCGCAGUAUGUUUACCUAGCUGCGGGCGUUCUUACAAAGCCACAAGUCCCCAAGAUUCCCGGUCUGCUUUCCUACAAAGGGGACAUAUUCCACACUUCUAGGUGGAACUACGAUGUCACCGGUGGAUCUCAAGAGGAUCAAACACUCACGGGCUUGAGAGACAAAAGAGUCGCAAUAGUCGGCACGGCUGCGACUGCCAUAGGAGCAAUUCCUACGCUGGCCAAGUUCGCCAAGGAAUUGUACGUGGUCCAGCGAACACCGGCCUACGUCAAGGAGCGCGGUCAACAAGAAACUGACUCCGAAACGUUUAAAGCUACUGUCGCGAGCAAGAAAGGAUGGCAGUUUGAGAGGCAGAUCAACUUGAACCGACACAUGACCAACGCCGUGCUGCCAGGUCAACCUAAUCUGGUGAAAGAUGGCUGGACUGACAUGCCUGCUUACUCCGCCGUCAUGGGAUCACCCGCUCACGGCAUCGUCAACCCUUCCCCAGAAGAGCAAGACCGAAGAGCGACCUGGUUUCACGCCUUGGACUUGCCGCAUAUGGAAGGCGUGCGCGCUCGUGUCAGCAGCAUCGUCAAGGAUGAAGAUACCGCUGAGAAAUUGAAGCCCUGGUACCCCUCUUGGUGCAAACGUCCAACAUUCAGCGAUGAGUAUCUAGAAACUUUCAAUGAGCCACACGUACACCUCCUCGACACGAACGGCAAGGGCCCAUCUAACGCCACAGAGAAGGGCAUCGUCGUCGCCGGCCAGGAGUAUCCCGUCGAUGUCAUCAUCUUCAGCACAGGGUAUUCCGUUACCGGUGGUCGUACGGGAGGCAGCCCAGCGGAACGAGUCGGUAUCGAGGUUCUCGGCCGCAAUGGUCUCUCGAUGGAUGACAAGUGGCGACGCAACGGCGCUGCCACGCUACACGGAUAUCUCACAAACAAGUUUCCCAACCUCUUUUUCUCCGGUACGUCUCAAGGCACCAUCACGGGGAACAAUGUGUUCAUGCUGGGCCUCAUUGCUCGACAUGUCACGUACAUCAUUUCCGAGGCCGAGAGACGAGUGGGACCUGGUCAAAGGGCCAUCAUCGAGGUGACGCGAGAGGCAGAGGAGCAGCAUAGUCAAGAGGUUGCGAAGAGGGCCCCGUUCUUUUCGUCGCUUGCGGGAUGUACUCCGGGAUAUUUUAACGGACACGGACAAGCGGCCUCAGAAGACCCGAAGGAGAGGGCAAAGCAGGCACGCGGAGUCGUGUGGGCUGAGGGAACAGUGUCGUUCUUGGAGUACAUCGGGAGGUGGAGGAACGAGGGCAAAUUAGAAGGGAUAUCCGUCUCUGCGAGACCUAGGGCUGCGUCGAAUGGCGCGGAGAGGGUUUCUAAGAUUUGA